AUGUAUCAUUUCUUAGAACAGAAAAAAAACGUUUUAAAAAUAAUAAAUAAUGAAAGCAGUUUAUUUAGAUAUAUAGAUAUUUAUAAAAAUUGUGAAAAUGAUGUAUAUAAUAUAUAUUUGAAUAUAUAUAAAGCACAAAAAAAUGUGGGUAAAAAUGAUGAAAUAAAUAAUAUUUUUAAGUCUUCGGAAUGUUUUAAGGAAAUAUCUCAUGAUAAUAAUAAUUUUAUUGAAAAAAAAGUUAAAGAAAUAAUUGAGGAAAAAGAAAUUAUUGAAAAAGAAAAUGAUAAAUCAAUAAAAAAAAGUAUCGAUUUAUUAAUUUAUCCAUGUAUAUACGAAAUUAAUAUGAACGAAAAUUAUUUUACAAGUUCUUGCUGUUCAGGUAGAACAAUCAUAUUUUGUGAAGCUGAUAAUUCGAAAAAAGAAAAUGAAAAAAAAACAAUUUCCAAUAAUAAUUUAGACACACCCAAUAGUGCUAAUGAAUUAAAAGAUAAUUGUAAAGAUAAACAGUUUCUUUCGUAUUUAAAAAAAAAAUACAUAUUAAAAAAUUUGACACUAACAAAUGAAUAUGAAAAUAUAGAUAAAAAAAACAUCGAUAUAAAUAAAAAAAAUAUCGAUAUAAAUAAUUAUAAAUAUUUUUCGAUUUCACAAAAGGAACCAAUUCACAGAAAAAACGUUAAAUUAUUUUAUUGUAGUCAUUCCCAUCACAACUUGGAAAUUGAUACAAAAAAUAUAAAAAAAAAAUUGUUAGAAAAUUGGAGACAGAAUUUUUGUUAUGUAUUAAAUCAGGAGGAAAAUUUAUCUCGAGACGGUGAAAAUAAAAAGUUGAUUCACAGUUUUAGUGAUAAUGAAAAUAUAGAUAAUUAUUUCGGAUUAAAAAAAACAAAAAUUGAAGUAAAAAAGCAAAAGCAAAAACCAAAACAAAAACUAAAACAAAAACCAAAACAAAAUGUGUACAUAAAGUUCGAACCUUUUAUUAUUCAUGUAAAAUGUAUUGAUUUAUAUAGUGCAUUAAAUUUACUAAAAAUAGCCCAAAGUGCUGGAUUGAAACAAAGUGGGAUUCUUAAUUUUAACAAAGAUGUAACAGUUGCAAUUAGAGGAUCAAUGAGGUUAGAGCAUUACAUGGGAAAUUUGCUCGAUAUAGAUAUAAAUAAAAUAACAGAAUUAAUUGAUAUAUGCAAUAAUAAAAUGUCUAAAAAUAUUAUGCAACUUAUACACUUUUACAAAUUUUAUAAAGAAAAAAUGAAUACAGCCGAUAAUGAAUUUUUUGAUAUUAAUUACAAAUUUGUGUGUGAUAAAAAUCGGGUAAAUUGUCAUGGAAAUCCAAAUGAGGGAAAAAAUGAGGAAAAAAAUGAGGGAAAAAAUGAAAAAAAAAAUGAGGAAAAAAAUGAGGAAAAAAAUGAGGAAAAAAAUGAGGGAAAAAAUGAGAAUACAAAAAAGAAAAAAACAAUAAAUAUGAAAAAAGGAGAUACAAAUAUAAAACAAAUAAACUUAAAAAAAUAUAAUGUAGAAAUUUUAGAAAAAGGGGAAAUUAUUAAUAUAAAUACCAAAAGUAAUGCAUUAAAAUGGUCAGUUUUUCCAAAGAUAGAUGAUGUUCAUAAUUUUUUUGUUUGGGGACAUGAUAUGUUUAUGGAUAAAAAUAAAAUUUAUUUAUUUGGAGGGUUUACAAAAGGAGUUAGAAAUAAUAAAUUAAAAAUUUAUGACAUAUUAAAUAAAGAAAUCAUAAUGAAUGAUACUGAAUUACCAUCUUUGGCAUUUCACGUUUUUUUAAAAUUAGAUGACAAUUAUGCAUUUAUAUUUGGGGGAAGAAAAAACCCACAAACAUGUUCUAACAAUGUAUGGAUUUAUAAUAUUAAAAAGAAUACUUGGAAUUUGGCAAAAAUUAGAUAUAAUAUAAGUAGUAAACACAUUGAAAAAAAUAGAAAAGAUUCUGAAAAUUGUGAAAAUUGUGAAAAUAGUGAAAAUUGUGAAAAUAGUGAAAAUUGUGAAAAUAGUGAAAAAUGUGAAAAUUGUGAAAAUAGUAAAAAUUGUGAAAAUAGUAAAAAUUGUGAAAAUAGUAAAAAUUGUGAAAAUAGUAAAAAUUGUCAGCAUGAUCAAGUACCAUCUCCAAGAUACAGACAUGCAUGUGCAGUUGUAAAAAAAUAUAAAAAAAAAAAAAAUAAUUCAAGUGUUUAUAUAUUUUAUACAUAUGGGGGGGUGAAUAAUUCGAGCUUAAUUUUAAAUGAUAUUUGGAAAGGAAAAAUAACGAUAAAUGAAAAAAAUGAUGAUGCCUAUAUUGUAUGGAAUAAAAAAGGGAAUUAUAAUGUUCAAAAAAAUAUAAUUCCAAUUAAAAAUCACUCUAUGGUUUAUAAUAAUAAAAAAAAUAUAAUUUAUAUUAUUGGGGGUAAUUAUGGAAAAGUUUCGGAAAUGGAUAAAGAAAAUUGUAUUAUCAGCAGCUCACCAUUUGAAGAAACAGAAAAAAUAGAAAAAAAUAAUAAACAAAUAUUAUACAAUAUUGAAAAUAUAAAAAAUAUAUAUAUAUAUAACAUUAAAACAGAUUUAUUUGAUUUUGUAAAAUGUGAAGGAGAUGAUAAAUACAAUUUUCCUUUAUCUCGAUUCUCUCAUACAUGCUGUUUAAUUGACGCAAAUUAUUUUAUACUAAUAGGAGGGUUAAAUUAUCAUAGAACAAUAAACGAUAUAUGGGUAUUUAAUAUGAAACAAAAUAAAUGGCAUUAUUUAGAUAAAUUUUAUUUCAAUAGUAUGUAUGUAAGAUCAAAAGUUGUGUGCGAAAAUUAUAAUAUAUAUAUUAUUGGUGGGGGGUGUAUUAUUUUCACAUUUGGAAGCUUUUUCGAUUUACCUGUACAUGCAGGUUUUAGGGAAGCUAUUAUGGAUAUCGAAAAGAGUAACUCAAAUGAUAUGAACAAGGAAAUAAAAAAAAAUACAUAUGAGGAAAAAACAAAUGUAUGUGAGAAAAAAACAAAUAUAUAUAAGAACAAUGGUGUAGAAGAAAAUAAAAAUUCAUCCCUAUAUGCAAAAGAUAUUAAAAUUAAAAAAAUAGAAAAGUGCAAAAAAAAUGGUGACACCUCAUAUAACUCAGAUCUAUAUAUUAUAGUAAAGGAUAAAAUAUUUCUUAAAGAAAUAAAAAAUUAUUUAGAAAAUAUAAACAAUUUUGAUAAAAGCAGAAAAAUAGUUUUCUCUCAAUUUAGUAUAAACAAUAUUAAAAAAGAAGGGUUUUAUGUACCAAUUAAGAGAAAAAUGGAUAUGUCAAUAAAUUUUUUAGACAAAAUAUUUUUGUGUGAUAAUAAGGGAAUAUUUUAUAUGAACGGCAAGGUAAAAAAUGAAAAAAAAAAUGAAAAAAAAAAUUUAAAAAAAAAAUUAAAGGAAUUAUUUGAAAAUUUUGUAAAUAAUGAAAUAAAAAAUUAUUUAAAUGAGUCGGAUAAAAGCUUAAUUUUACGAGCUUGUAAUAAAUAUGAAAUAAUAGGAAAUAUCCUAAUAUUUCAUUAUAUGCAUUUAAAACCGUUGAUAGAUUUGUGUAUUCCAUAUUUGAAGGAAAGCGAACAAAAUGAAAAGGGUGUAGGCUUAUUGCUGUUGCGAAGGAGAAAGGGAAAAUGGAAAAAAAAAAAAAACAGUGGAAAAAAAGAAAAAUACGAAAAAAAAAAAAGAUAUGUUGAUAUUUAUACUAUGAUGAAAAUGAAGUAUAAAUAUAACAAUCUUAUAAAACUUGUCUAUCUUUUUUUUGUAUCUAUAAAAAGAAUUUUUAAUUAUUAUACACACAAAAAAAGGAGAAAUAAUUUAAAAAUUAAUUUAUUUGGAGGAAUAAGAAGAUAUAACAAAAGUGUCUUCAAAUGUUUAGCAGCCAAACAAAAUAAACGAAAGAAAUUUGUUAAAAAUUUUAGCAUGUACAUAGAAGAAGGAAUAAUAUGCAAAAAUAAAUUUUCGAAUAUUUAUAAAUAUGAGAAUGUAAAAAUUAGAAUGUUUAAGCAUGAUGAAAUUUGUAGAGAAAAAAAUAAAAAAAUAAAAUCUAUUGCUAUAUAUGAAAAAAUAACAGGAAAAUUACGAAAAAACAAAAUAUAUUUAAUGAAUGGGCAAAGCUUAAAAACAAUACAUACAGAAAAUAAUGUUAUGUACAAAUUAAAUUUAAGUAAGUGCAUGUUUUGUUCUGGUAAUGGCACUGAAAAGGAGCGAAUGAAAAAUAUUUUUCUUAAAAAGAAAAAAAAUAUGCAUGACAAUAAUGAUGAUGAUAAUGCUGAUAAUAAUAAUGAUGAUAAUGCUGAUAAUAAUAAUGAUGAUAAUGCUGAUAAUAAUAAUGAUGACAAUAAUGAUAGCCAUUAUAUGGUUGACGGUUUUCGAGAGAAUGUUGUGGAUUUAUUUUGUGGGGCAGGAUAUUUUACACUUCCUCUGUUAAAAUUUGUAGGAGAUAGCAAAAUAAAUAAUUAUUAUGCAUUUGAUAUUAACCACCAUUCAUUAAGCUUUUUAAAAAAAUCAAUAAAAUUAAAUAAUAUAAAAAAAAAAAACUUAUAUAUAUUAAAAGAAAAUUCUUUUCAUAUGUCAAAAAAUGAUAACAUAAUUAAAAAGUGCCAUAGAGUUUUAUUGGGAUUAUUACCAAAUAGUAAAAAUGCAUGGAAAAAGGGUUUUAAUCUAAUAGAUGAUAAAAUAGGAGGCACAUUACAUAUACAUGGAGUUGCAGAAGAUUCUUACAAUGAUAGUUUAUUUUUUGAGAUAUUGAACACUUAUGAAUAUGAGAGAUAUACUAAAACAAUGGGGACUAACAAUACAAAGGAAAUAAAUGUGUUAGAAUUUUUGAAAGUUGGUAAAUAUGAAGCAGCAAGCAAAGAAGUGGACCGUAAAUAUGAAGCAGCAAACAAAGAAGCGAACCGUAAAUAUGAAGUACCAAACAAAGAAGUGAAUCGUAAAUAUUCAGGAAGUAAUAUAUCGCCCCGAUUAAAUUUUGCCCAAUAUGUUUUGAUAGAAAUUUUUAAAAUAUCUAUAGAAGACUAUAAAAAAUAUAAAACACAUUGGGAAAUUAGGAUUUCACAUGUCGAAAGGGUUAAAUCAUAUGCUCCUCGUAUGUAUCACUAUGUAGUUGAUAUUGAAUGUGUUCCACAAUUAAAAUAA